UGAUGUCACAAACCUUUGACAUCACAGACGUGCAGAUCCUGAGGAAGCACAGACAAGAGCUGGCUUCUGUUCUUCCCCGAUGUCGGUGGUGAAAUCGAUUAGCCUGGUGCUGCCUGAAGAAAAGGUGUAUUUGGCAGGGUCCAGCGUAGCUGGCCAAGUGAUUCUGACCCUUAACAACUCUUUGAUCAACCCCAUAGUGAAGGUAGAGCUCGUGGGAAGAGGCUAUUUGGAGUGGAAUGAAGAGACUAAUGCUGACAAGGAUUACAGCAGAGACAUUACCUGCAAUAACAAGGCUGACUACGUCAAUAAAACAAAGACAUUCUAUAUAGAGGGUAACUGGCUGGCUUCAGGCACCCACAUCUUUGACUUCCAUUUCAACUUACCUGACAGACUUCCAUCGACAUUCACCAGCAACAUAGCCCGUGUCUCCUACUUCCUCAAAGCCUCCUGCGCCACCCGAGAGCUCAUCUUAGCCAAGCAGAAGAAAUAUUUACUGGUGCAAGGGACCUCCUCUAGCCUCCCGACAAAUAAAAUAGAAUCCCAGUACCCUUUGGUGGUGGAAGUCGGCAAGCACAUAGCUUAUCAUUGCUGCUUCAAACACGGCCUCGUCAUCCUCCGGAUUUCCCUGGAGAAAAACACAUUCGCCCCCGGUGAACAAAUCAUCUUCAUGACCGAGAUUGACAACCAGACAGGCAGGUCCAUCAGGAAGGUGGUUUUUGCCUUGUACUCCAUCAUCCUCUACUUGGGCUACACCGUCAGGGCAGAACGGCGCUCCUUAGAAGACCGAAACGAAGUGAUGAGGCUGGAGUCCAGGACCAAGGCAGCCCCCUUUGAGGUCACAAGGAUCACCAGCAUGUUCUCCCUGCCCAAGUUACUGUCUGUCAGCAGCAUGCUCAUAGCCAACGAAAUCAUGGAAGUCCGGUAUGAGCUAAUGGGGACAGUUUACCUUCCCUGGUCCAUGAACACAAUUGUGGCCAAAGUGCCUAUCAUCAUAAGAACCACAGCUGUAGGCAUCCCUGAGGACUAGCAGAGGGGUGCAGAUCUGCACCAGAAGCAAAGUGACCACGUGUACCUACCCCGCAUUUUCAGACGAAUCUCUAUAUGAUCCAGGAACAAGUUUGCUGAGGUCCAGA